CAACCCCGACUACUACCCAUCAAGUCGCCUGCUACUAUGAGCUGCCCCAUUGAGAAAAGGCGCUCCCUGAUCGCUUUCCUGCGCGGACUGCGUGACUUCCGACAGCCCCCCAGGCCAGUGACAUCUAAGGCGGGCGCUUCCCGAGAGCCAAAAAAUGUGCCCCUCUGCCCGCUGGUGACAGGUGGAAAUACUCGGGACGCCACCUCCCUGCCUGGACCCACCAACUGGCCACUGCUAGGCAGUCUCCUGGAGAUUUUUUGGAAAGGUGGCCUGAAGAAACAGCAUGACACUCUGGCUGAGUACCACAAGAAGUACGGCCAGAUUUUCCGGAUGAAGCUGGGCUCCUUCGACUCGGUGCACCUGGGCUCGCCGAGCCUGCUGGAAGCUCUGUACCGCACUGAGAGCGCGCAUCCCCAGCGACUGGAGAUCAAACCCUGGAAAGCCUACCGUGACCACCGCAACGAGGCCUACGGGUUGCUGAUCCUGGAAGGAAAAGAGUGGCAGAGGGUCCGCAGCGCCUUCCAGAAAAAACUGAUGAAACCGGUGGAGAUCAUGAAGCUGGACAACAAAGUCAAUGAGGUUUUGGCUGAUUUUAUGAAGAGAAUGGAUGAGCUCUGUGAUGAAGGAGGCCGCAUCAAAGACUUGUACAGUGAACUGAACAAAUGGUCAUUUGAAAGCAUCUGCCUUGUGUUAUAUGAGAAAAGAUUUGGGCUCCUUCAGGAGGAAGCAAGCAAAGAAGCCCUGACCUUCAUCAUGGCCAUCAAAACGAUGAUGAGCACAUUUGGGAAGAUGAUGGUCACCCCUGUGGAGCUGCACCAGACUCUCAACACCAAAGUGUGGCAGGCACACACACUGGCCUGGGACACCAUUUUCAAGUCAGUCAAGCCUUGCAUCGACAACCGCUUGGAGAAAUACUCUCAGCAGCCUGGUGCAGAUUUCCUUUGUGACAUUUAUCAGAACAAUCACCUUUCCAAAAAAGAACUGUAUGCUGCUGUCACGGAGCUCCAGCUGGCUGCGGUGGAGACGACGGCCAACAGCUUAAUGUGGAUUCUCUACAAUCUGUCCCGGAGUCCCCAAGUGCAGCAGAGACUCCUUCUGGAAAUCCAGAGUGUGUUGCCCAAGAACCAGGCACCACGGGCGGAAGAUUUGAGGAAGAUGCCCUACUUAAAGGCCUGUCUAAAAGAAUCCAUGAGGCUUACCCCAAGUGUGCCAUUUACAACUCGGACCCUUGAUAAACCAACAGUUCUGGGUGAAUACGCUUUACCCAAAGGAACGGUGUUAAUGCUAAACACCCAAGUGCUAGGUUCCAGUGAAGACAAUUUUGAGGAUUCCAGUCAGUUUAGACCUGAGCGCUGGCUUCAGGAGGAGAAGAAAAUCAAUCCCUUUGCACACCUCCCAUUUGGCCUUGGGAAGAGGAUGUGCAUCGGGCGCCGCCUGGCUGAGUUACAGCUCCACUUGGCUCUUUGCUGGAUCGUCCAAAAAUAUAACAUUGUGGCUACAGACAAGGAGCCUGUGGAGAUGCUGCAUCUUGGCAUCUUGGUACCCAGCCGGGAGCUGCCCAUUGCAUUCUGUCCACGGUAGGAUGCUGAGGUGAGA